GGGAAGCUGUCGCAGCUUCGAAAUAAAAAACCUCGGGGAGAUAAAAAUAUGUGAUACGGAUUACAAAACAUUAACAUACGCAACGGCAUCACCUGCUCAGAAUGUUCAGUAGCAGUGGAGAACAUCGGCUUUAUCCCCGGGUCAUCAUCACCUAGACAAAUAUCUCGGUGUAGUAAUAAAAAAAAAAUCGUUACGAGAAAACUGGAAACUGCUGUAAAUCCGCAGUGAAAAAUGAGAAUAGCCACGGUGAUACUGAUUGGAAUAGUGUGUUGUGAAUAUUCUGGUGCCAAUGGGAGUCCUAGGGAGAGUCAUCCCUGCACUGUACGUCAAUCCAGGACGAGUCAAUCCGUUGGAGAGGAUCAAUGCUUCCUCACGGAUGACGAUCAUCAUCUCUGGUGUUUCGGGGAUGCUUAUCGACUCUGGUCUAACAACGGAUCAAUUGACCUGAGAACAUUGACUAUUUGCAAUUGGCUUUUACCGUCCAUUGACCCUCGAGAGAUAAUUUCAAGAUUUCCCUACAUUAAGAAACUCAUAAUUGCAAACAGCAAUCUAACAACUCUGUCCCGGGCGUUCCCCAGUGAUGCAAAAUACCUCGAGAAAAUCCACAUCACUGGUACCCAGCUCCAGCAGGUGCCCAGAGAGGCUUUCAAAUAUUUAUCUGAUCUCAAAAUUCUAGAUGUUAGGAACAAUGCACUGACAAAGAUUGAUCCAGCUGCACUAGUUGCUCCUAAACUGCAGCACAUACACUUGGCAGGUAAUCCCUGGAAAUGCGAGGAUAACACAAUGACCUGGAUUCUGAAUAUGACGCAUGGAUCUGUUGCCCGGAAAAUUUUGGAUAGAGAUAAAUUGCAUUGCGCUCAUCCAUACGAGGGACGACCUUUGCUACCAGUAGUUGAAAUAAUAGCGACCCUGAGAGAAGAGUGCAAUAGAACUGUUUGCCACUGUGAAUUAGUUUACGUUGUGGGACGGGUUGGUAAACAAACCCAGAGAAACUUAAUAGCAUUUGUAUCAACGAAUUGCAGUCACCAGGGUUUGAGGCAAAUGCCAGAGUUUAUUCCGGCAAAUACUACAACACUGUGGCUUGAUGGAAAUCAGAUUACAGACUUGAGUCCAUUAAUAACAAAUCCAGUUUAUCGCCAAGUUCUGGACUUAUAUCUGGAUAAUAAUGGAAUCACAUCGAUUGAUCAGUUAGAAGGGUCUGUCUGGCUCGAUAACUUCCGAGUGUUAAGUCUCAGAGGAAAUAAAUUGACGGACUUGCCCACUUAUGCCUUCGAGAAUGUUCUACUCAAGAGUGGAAAUGCUGUUGUUAGUUUGUAUUUGGGAGACAAUCCCUGGACCUGUGAUUGUCUCUUCACACCUGGAUUCCAGGACUUACUGAUACGCUACACAAAUCUUGUGAAAGACGUGAACAAAGUUCGUUGUAAUGCAUCGAAAAAUUUGGAAACUCUGAAUAAACCAAUUCGCGAUUUAACACGAACCGAAAUUUGUAUCAGCGAGAGUGAAACAACUUGGCUCCAUCCACUCGAUGUAUUGAACAUAUUUCUCGCAUCAAUGAUCAUUACUAUUCUGGGAAAACUUCUGUACGAUUAUUGGUCCUUCAAGCGUACAGGAAAACUCCCUUGGCUAGUCACCAAAAUUCCUUGAAAACUUCGUAUUAAAUGGUGUUAAUGAAAUUCGAAUAAAUAGGAGUCACUCGUUCUCACUCAAUCAUAAGUUAUAAUGGAGCCCUGGUGGCACUUUUCUGUGGGAAAGAAGAGAAAUAAAAACU